GUGGAUCAGUGACAAGAUGGUAGGUUCGCACCUGCGCGAGGAACAUGAACAGCACUCUCGCCUAUCUUUUGGAACACAUGGACCCACUGGUGCCAUCUGGUGCCAUCGUUUCUGCGCACAGUUAGUGUAUUUUCGACUUUGUUGUCGAGAAAAUCGAGCAUAUGGUUCAGCUUGAUUGCAGAUCAAGCAAUGCCGCUUUGACAAGAUGACAGUUUGGUGCUUCUGGUCUUUCUUGUCGAUGUGUUUUAUGGGCCGAAUUUACUGUUCUCUGCUCGUUGCCUAUUGUCUGUGGCCGGCAUGCUUUGUUUCAGUGACAAGCUACUCGAAGAAUGGACGGAUUUUUCCACAUCGGAUAGCACACGUGCACCACCCACUUUGUCCUUUCAUGCAACCUGAAAGACCUUUGUGUAAUGCCCCUGUCAGACAACCAAAGCGUCUUCUGCUCAUCUAUUUCAGAGCUUGCUUUCACUUUGUGGUCUUGCACCUCCCCGAAGAACCUCCCCGAAGAAAUCCUACCGCUCACUGGCAAGAAGAGAUAGCGGCCAAAGUAACAUAGUAUUCGUCCGUCUACAACAUCCUCGUUGAAGAUGCUCGUUAAACGCAAAUAUUCCAGAGCCACUGGGUACUGUCAGAACUUCAUUCUGGACCAGUGUGCCCUUGGUGAAAAAUGUAGAUACAUACAUGCCGUCCCGCUUGUCUUCCCAUCUUACAGCACAAGCAGCCCAUUUGAUCGUGCCCCCGCAGUAUUCAGAUGGCCGAUACCACUACCCUUACCAUUUACAUCAUCAACCAUGCCCAUGGCACAGCAGUUCCCAUUUCUGAUUCAAGAACAGAAUAACGAAACCCCGCAGCGUCGUACAUCGCCGCCUCAACCUGUGUCGGCGCCCUCAGGGCCGACAAACAACAAGGCACCUACAACAACGCCGCUAGAUCUAGUAUCUGACUCUGCGCUCUUUCGCCCCUUGACAUGGAAAAUGAAACCAUGUAGGUACUACAUCAAAAACAAAGGAUGGUGUCCUCGGGGUGAAUUUUGUAAUUUUAUUCACGAUCUCGCGCUCGUACAUUCAUCAUCAGAGGCUCAUUCUCAUUCUCUGGCUGAUAAAGAAACUGAAAUAGCCAGGCCCCAUGAGAACGAUAAUAAGUUGAACGCAAGGACCAUCAGCGGUGGCGUUCGUGUAGGUUCUCAGCCAACGCACUGUUGGGCCUUCGUCCAAGGCCACUGCCGCCAUACGGCUUGCCCAUAUUUGCACCCAGAAGAUAUCGAGCCAUAUAUGGCUUAUACCCCUUGUCCAGAAUGGCCGACUUGUACGAGAGUGUCUUGUCCUUUCAGACAUCCUAUUCCGACCCGCCCGCCCGGCCAUGUAUUUCCGGUAUGUGCACCGUCUUUAUACGGUUUCCCACCGUCGGUGCCGGGCUCCGGCCAUAACACCGCCCUGCCUUAUGGCGCGUACGAAGUCAACGGGACGACCUAUUUCCCGAUCGACACUUCCACUGACAUAAACCCGCCGGUUGUGUAUAACCAAGCCGCAUUAUCCGAUGACAUGUACCCGUUAUCGGAUCAUUACAACAACCACUACGGGGCGAUGCAUCCGCAGUGGGGAUGGAGCGAGAUAUCGCUGCAAGAUCUAUCUCAGGUUGAAGCCGAUAGUAAUACAAUGACGCGGCCUCGGGCGGAUGUGAUGAAUGCUGGGCCGGAUGGGCUAUUGUCGUUGCGAGACGACGAGUAUGCGUAUAGUAACACUCAUACAAAUCAGCCAUUAGAUACACUCAGCAUUCUGUCACCGGUGGGGAAGGUCGAAGACCUCUUGGAGAAUGUAUUCUCAAAAUUGUAAAAAAAACCAAAUCCGACUCGUGUUGUGCUCUUUUUGCAUUUGUUCAUUGAUGUACCUUCCUUGGGCCUAAUAGCUCAUUCACAUCGUUAACAGAGUGAUUACAGGUUAAUUAUGCGAUUUAAUUCACUGGUAUGAGCUCUGCCAA